CACCCGCCCUACUCGAUGGUAAGGCCCACGGCUGCCUGGCUUCUGGGCGCUGCCAUGUUGGAGACUCAGGGCCGGAGCAAUGGCUCCGAGCCCGGGAGCCAGAGCACGAGCGGGGCCUGCUCCGCUCGGCAGGUGCUGGAAGUGCGGCCAGGACUUUACUUGGGUGGGGCUGCGGCCGUCGCGGAGCCGGACCGGCUGAGGGAGGCGGGCAUCACGGCCGUAUUGACGGUGGACUCGGAGGAACCGAGCUUCAAGACAGAGGCCGGGAUCGAGGGUCUACGGCGCCUCUUUGUGCCAGCGCUGGACAAGCCCGAGACCGAUCUGCUCAGUCACUUAGACCGGUGCGUGGCUUUCAUCGGCCAGGCCCGUGUCGAGGGCCGCGCAGUGUUGGUGCACUGUCAUUCAGGAGUCAGUCGAAGUGUUGCUGUAGCGACUGCUUUCAUGAUGAAGACUGAGCAACUUACUUUUGAACAGGCAUAUGAAGACCUCAGGACUGUCAGUCCAGAGGCGAAGAUGAAUGAGGGGUUCGAGUGGCAACUGAAAUUAUACCAAGUAAUGGGAUAUGAAGUGGAUACCUCUAGUGCAAUUUAUAAGCAAUAUCGUUUACAAAAGGUUUCAGAGAAGUAUCCAGAAUUGCAGAAUUUACCUCAGGAACUCUUUGCUGUUGACCCAACCACCAUUUCACAAGGAUUGAAAGAUGAGGUUCUCUACAAAUGUAGAAAGUGCAGGCGAUCCUUAUUUCGAAGUUCUAGCAUUUUGGAUCAUAAUGAAGGAAGUGGUCCCAUAGCCUUUGCUCACAAGAGAAUGACACCAUCUUUCAUGCUUACAACAGGGAGUCAGGCUCAAUGUACAUCUUAUUUCAUUGAACCUGUACAGUGGAUGGAAUCCAUUUUGUUGGGAGUGAUGGAUGGGCAGCUUCUUUGCCCAAAAUGCAGUGCCAAGUUGGGUUCCUUCAACUGGUAUGGCGAACAGUGCUCUUGUGGUAGAUGGAUAACACCUGCUUUUCAAGUACACAAGAAUAGAGUGGAUGAAAUAAAAAUGCUGCCUGUUUUGGGAUCACAAACAAGAAAAAUGUAGACUUGUGACAUUUGAUAGCUUCAAAAGAAACUUGCUGAUGAUUGAUAUGUGCUUCCAUUGCAUAUUGUCCUUCAUGACAGAUUUUCUAGCUUUUAGGUCAUCAACAUUUCAUUUGAAAUGUGAGGAGAUAAAAUCACUUGAUGUGACUUGGAAACUGUGCUUUCUUAGUUUAUUGUACAGGUAGAAUGUAUAGAAAUGGAAGCUUUUUAAUCAUGUACAUUGUAUUUCAUUUGGCAUUAGAAUUUGCAUUACCCCUAGAUAUGUUGUUUCCUAUAUUUUAAAAAGUUCUGAUUUUUGAAUGUUAGUUUUGUGAUCUUAAGAUCUGGAUGGACUGAACUAUGUACAAAAAUUAGAAAGUCAUGUUUAAAUAGAUAUUCUUUUACUUCCAGAAAUGUAAAGCUGAGUUAUUUGGCCAUAUUUUGAAAUUUAUUUUUUUAAGAGAUAUUAGAAAAUCUUAAGGAGGUCUGAAUUUUUCUUGGAUAGUUAUACCGAAAGCCACUGAUAAAAAUGUGGUUUUUCUGUUACUGUUUAAGAAUUUCAGUCAUAUAAAUUGCUUGGAAAAGUAUGUUUGAGAUACCUCUUGAGGUAACCUACAUAAAGAAAUGUAUUAAUGUGAGGUGUGUUUCUAAUGAUGAUAAAGAAAACAAAUUCGUAAAACAAAAAAUAGGAGUACUUUUAAAUGUAAAAGAAAAAAAUGAAUAAUGAUCCUGUUUGAAAAAGAAAUGCCUGGCUUAAUUUUUGAAGUGUGUAGGAGUUUUAUGCACAAUUCUUGAGAAAAUCUCAACAUAGGACCCGAAAUCUUUAGCAACUUCCAUAUGAUAAUCUUUUCUUGUGAGAAUAUAAGUUAUUACUAUUAAAAGCUGACAGUUGUCCUUAGGUUAGUUUUGUCAGCCAAGGUUGCUGUGUCCUUCCAGCCUCUCCCAGAAUAAAUGAUACAUAAAAAUCCUCUGCUUUUUUAUUGUGUUUUUUUCUCAUCAUCUGCUGAGUCCUUUGUCUCACAAAUAAAGCAAAAGGAUUUACUGUGGGCCAAGAACAAAAGGGUCUGACUUUGGGCAUGGAUCUAAUGGGAACACACUGUGGGUAGAGAUUUUAAGAAAAAUUGAACCCUUCCCCUCCAAAAGUAACCUGGAGACUCGCUAGAGGGGCCUGCUGUAGACACGAGGCACGCCUCUGUCGUCCAUUCCCACUAGACGGUAGAGUAGUGCCAGCUCCGCGGCCCAGGACUGGCACUGAAAGGAAAUUACGAGCUGGUCAACUAUGACAGGAACAAAAUACCUGUUGGGUCUGAUAUUCUGCUCAGAAAACCACAUAGUGUAUUAAGAAAGGAAUACUUUUCUAAAACUACUGCUAGUAAAUGUAGUAUAAUCUGAACUUGAAAUCUUCCUCCAUUUCUAUCUUACCUUUCACAAAAUCUGUUCAACUCUUUGCUAUAUUAUCCUUCAGAAAGCAUUUAAAAAAAAUGAGAUUGAACUACAUAAAACUGCUGUUUUUGUAGGUGAAAAAUAAUUGAAUAGCAGCCAUUUCAUAUGGCUCCAGUUAAUGCUUGCCCAUAGCACACCGUAGCACCUAGCACAGAGAAUUAUGUAGAUCUCAUUUGAAUUUACAGUUGUAAAGUCAGUAUUUACUGGGCAUCUAUUAUGUGCACUACUGUAGGUGAUACGGUGGUGAAUAAACCAGAUAAAGCCUCUGCCUUUUUAUAGCUUAUGUUCUAGCCAGGAGAGCGAGACAAGACAAUAACCUGUUUAAAAAGAUCACUGGUAUUUGCCAGUGAGGAAUGAUUUUGGAAAAUCUCACUUUUCUCUGCGUAGAUUUGGAAGUUCUGUGAAACAUCCACUGUGCAAAAGUUUCAGAUUUAAAGUCCUCUAAUGGUUUGGU